GUCCAGAGGAUGAGCCUCCGUGUUGAAGAUGUAACCGCCGGCACCCAGAACACACUGACCACCUUCACCGCCCUCCUCCCAGGACACGUUUCCAUCGGAAUCAUGGCCGUGCAGGAAGUGGGUGGGAUCAAAGAGCAGUGUUCAUUUCCAGACUGACUCACACUUGCGUAUCCACAUGGCGUCUUGGCUAUUUUCUCAAUGGACUCCAGAGCAUCGAGGCCCAGUUGGAGUUGUACCCUGAGGAAUACUGUAGAACUCGGGCAGACCUCCAAACUGUCUCCAAACUGAGUAAUAGUUCUGGAAAGUUCUGACAGCACUGUCCAGGUUACCCAAUAGCGACUGUAAUGCAACAGCAGAUGCGUUGACAUCAAUGUCGAAGUCCACAGAUUCCUGAAGGAGUGUGGCCACUCUCUGAAAUUCCGUACGAUUUCCGAGAACCUUUGGAAAAUGAACGUGCAAUAGGGUAAUCUUCAACCUUAACAUGGGGGAAACCUCUUAUAAUUCCAACUCUACUCACGAGUUGCAACUGUUGGCCAUGGUGGACAACUUCAGUCGUCAGUACUCUCACCUGUAUCCUGAACGUAAACCCCUGAUGCUCUGCCCGGUCAACGAAUGUGGUGUCAAGAAGUUUGUGUCCACCACUUUGCGACCUGCACCAACAAACCAUCCCGAACUCCACAUGUGGGAGGGCUGUGCUGCAUUUGUGGCAGAUUUUAUAAAUCUGGAGCCUCUGGAUCCACCCCACAUCCUGCCUCCCCGACUGCGCUCUCCCUCCUUUGUGUUAAAAACUCAGAAAGCGUCGUGUUUUGAAUAUCCCACCGUGCUCUGCUGUUUGCUACUGGGCUCUGACUAUGAUGCGUACUGCGUCAGCGGCUAUGCUGUAAGACAGAUGUGUCUGCUGGACCAGAGCCUAAAAGACUGCCCUCUGGUGUACACCAAGUUGCAGAGUUUGCAGAUAGAAGAAGAGGCCCCGCAAAGCAAAUACACAGUGAAACCUCCACGGCAGCAGGAGAGCCAGUUUGUGGAGCAGCAGGAGAAGACGACAGAGGAAGAAGAAGAGCAGAAGGAGGCAGAGGAGGAAAUGGGAGAGGAAGAGCUGUUACAUUACAAUCAGCAAGCUGAGGAGCGUGGCACGCAGGAACCCGAGGACCUUCUGCGGAUUCACUGCUGGGUUCUGGUGUUAGCGGGAUAUCGUGGGGUCAAGCAGAACUUUUUCAUCGACCCUCUGACCGGGAUGAGCUAUAGAACCAACUCGCCCAGCUUCUUGGGUAUUGAAAGUGUGUGGAACAACUACAACUGCUACAUCAACAUGCAGGACUGCGGGCAGGGUUGCAGUGACAUGGUGUAUGACUUGGAGGACAUAAAUCUGUGGGAGCCGGUUGUCCAUGGAGCGAUCAGCAAAGUACAGCUGAUGUCCAGCACGGAGAAGGAUGAUGAUAGUCCUUACUACAAUUACAUGGAGGAGGAAGAGAUAGAGGCGGAGGUGGAAGAGGAAGAGAACGAGCCUCUGCCAUUCAUCAUGCCAAAGUCCUGGAUCAGCAUCAUCACCAUCUUAAAAUCAGAUCUGGAAACACGUUUUCCCAGGGGACACAAGGUCGUUAAUUACAGGAAGUCCAAGCUGCAGAGAUACGCUCAGUUUCUAAGGACAGACGGACUUGUCACUAGACUCAUCAAAUACAGCGAUACCAAAUGUACUGAUGUCACAACGGUGAUUGAACAGUACAUGAAUCGACGGGACCACCUGGAGCAAAGGACCAUUGACAAAGUUGACGGUUUCACUACGGAUGUCUUCAAACACGGACGGCGCUUUCACCUCAAACUUCACAGAUAUCAGGCCUUGGCUGUUCACGGGAUCCAUGAGAUGGAGUUCAGCGAAUCAGCACGAGUGGAUGACAUGCUAAAGAGGGUGGUGUCACCAGGAGAGAUGACAGAAACCUUCCAGAACCGAAGCGACUUCCUUUGCUACAGACACACCGUCUUCAGCCGAAAUGUACAAUUCUCUGAAAACAAGAAUGCUGAGCCCAACAUUUACCUGCAGAAGGUCGUGGAGCGUUUCAACAGGAAUAGGUCCAAAUUGGCCAAUGAAGACGUGGCUGAGCGAGUGUUCAACACGAGUGAAGGGUGUGUGGAGGUUACCUUCCACCUCCAGAGGAACAGGAUCAUCCCGUCAAAGAUGGUCUACGUCAAAUCUGCAGGGCAGAGGAAGGUGGUUGAACCACAGCGCCCCAGGAGUCCGUCUAAACAGGAGAUUGCUUCGCUGAUUGCAGAUGAGGAGCAACUGUUUAUUCGGAUAAAAGAGUCAAUGAAGGAGGUAAAGAAGAUGGUGUUGUCCAGAGCCGAAGAGGAGAAGGACAUUCAUCUUUUCUUUUCACCGUGGGUGACUACAGGAGCUGCCCGAGCUCGCAAACAGAGAGAGGAAAUGGAGCACCAUGCCGCAGAGGAGCUGCGCUGGCUACAGAGGAAGGAAGAAGACACCCUGGCUCCGGUUCUGUUCCGGCUCAACAACCCUAAGGCUCUGGGGGCCAAGGAAGCCAAGCGGCUCCGGCAGGAGUGCAUUAGUUCAUAUAAGCAGAGACUGUCGGAGAAGGAAACCCAGAUCCUUGAGCGUUUAGAAAAGGAGAAAAAGGAGCUGCAGCAAAAACAGGAUUGGUACCAGAAGAAUCAGCUGACAGUAAGUGCGCAGGAGGAGGAGGAGUAUCACAAAUUCUGCAGCGACAAAACCCUGAAGAUCCAUGUGGUCCAAACACGGCUCAACAUGCACAGAGAAGAAGCUCCUCAGAGGCUGCAGGACUUUGAUAAGCGUGUACGAGAAGAUAAUCGCCUAUCUCGUCUGUUGCUCAAGUGAUGCAAUGUUUACCUUUAAUGAAGUCUUGGAACGAUGCCACGGUGGAGUUUGGACAUGUGUGUGCUGAGAUAAAUAGGUAUCAGCUAUGUUAACCAGAAGAUUCUAGAUGUGACUGAACUAAAAUGUCUCUUACUUUGAGAUAAAGAUUCUACAAUAAUCUAGCACUUACCAUGAGUUAGAGUAAUAUUGCAAUAUUUAUGGGCAGAAGUACAACUGUUGUAAACUUGUAACAUUGUUCUUUGGUUGAGAAACUCAGCUGGAUCAAAGUUGUAGUAACAAAGCUGGUUUAAUGAGUUCGAUUUGUUUUUAAUUUACACAUAUUUAAAUGUAUAUUUCUGUUAAAAAUGUAAUUAUCUUUAGUGCUGGGUGUGUAGGUUACUGUUUAUUAGAAAACAGGUAAAUAUAAAUCUUUAAUCUAAUAAGAA